GCCUUGUGUGUGGCAUCAGCCCAGCAGAGAGAAGCUGUGUUGGCAGCAUGAGGACAAGGAUCUUGCACCAAGGUAGGAACCACUCAGGAUGCUCUGUGGCACUGGGGCUGUUUGGGGGGCCAGCUAGUCCAGGCAGCUGCAGCAUCUGGGCUUUCACCAGCAGCACCUGCCUAGCAAAGCAGUGGCCUGGGUAUGUUGCAGGUCCUAGAGCCUGGGCAGGGGGAGAGGGACUGUUUUCCAGCUAGGGAACAGUUUGGGACAGUGCAGAUCUCUGUCCUUGCCAACCCUGCGUGGGGAGCAGUGAUAUUCACUCUGCAGGAGAUGGGAGCACCUUGUGUUUCUGACCUUCUCACCCAAGUGUCAGCAGGGCAGCCGCUAGGAUUUUCUUGGCUUCGCUGCAGGUCCUGAAGCAGCAUUGCACGUCAGAAGACUCGCUGCCUGCAGGCAUGGUGCUCUGGGCUGUCCACCACAGUGCAGCAGGCUAGCUGUGUUCAAGUGCGGCUGCUUCAGGCUCUGCAAGUCCCCAGCUGCCUGCAGUGCUAGGAGACAAGGCUCCCCCCACCAGUGCUGUUCUGAUCAGCAGCGUCCCAUCUCCUGCAGCCACUGCCUGUCCCACAGCCGCUGUCUGUCCUGCAGUUUCGCAGUAGUUUUUAUCUGGCAGCCCCAUGGAGCUCUUGGCAGCUGCUGUACACAGUGGUGAGAGAGAACCACAUUUCUAUUUGGUUGAUGUGCAUUUCUAUUUGGUUGAUGUGCAGCUCUGACCAGCCUGGGCGCACUGAUGGGGGUGUAUUCAGUACAGGGGGCUUUGCAGGGAUACCUGUGUGUGAUGCUUCAGAAACAGAGAAAUAUCCAGUCCCAGCUGCUGCAUGGCAGCAUCCUCAGUGGGGAGAAAGGGGGAGAAAGCUGAGUCCAGGAGCAAAGGAGAUUGCUCAGCCUUAAAAGCAAAUCUGACAGCACUGAGUGAAUGGGAAGGAGGAGAAAGCAGGCUCAGUGAAACCCUGCUUGUCUGGAGGCAGCAGGAAAGGGAAGGCUCUGGGAGGGGAACACUGCGGAGGCUUGAGCUGUGAUGCACUGUGGAAGUGUGGGGGCAGAGUGUCUGGGAAAUCCGUGAAUCCAUACACCAGCUUGAUGGGGAUGAAGAGGAAAACACCAAGGAAAAGAGAAUCAGGGAGAUGGUGGGAGAGCAUAGGCACUGCAGGCCUGUGUGUGAUCCCACUAAGGUUUCUUUGCAGUUGUUGUUCUAAUGUGCCUGUCUCAGCAGCUCGUCUCAAGCUGGAGAGCAAAGGGGUCUGGAGUAACACAUGGAUGGGCAGAGCCUUCAGCCAGCUGGUACAGAGUGUAAGGGGACUCGGAGCAAACGCAGCCAGGCUGUGUGAGAAGGGCAGAGCAAGGUGCUGGAGUGGGAGAGUGGGCAGCGGCACAUACGGGGCAGCACUGGAGCAUGAUCUGCAGUCCUAGCAGAAUUUGGUGCCAGCAGAGUUCAGUGGAAGCUGCUGGCACAGCCACCACUAAGUACCAGCCUGUGUCCUGCCCAUGGUGUGCCACCUGCCUGUGGUGACACUUUGGCCUUUGACUCAACAGUGCCCCAGGAAAUCAGGACCUGCUGGCAGCCAGUGUUGGGGCUGGGCAGUGCCAGGGUGCAGUGGUUCUGUUUGCCAGAAAGGGAACAGUGGAGUUAAUCUUGCCAGUGUAGACUGGGUUUGAUCCUCUUUUGUAAUGAACAUCAUAGGGCAGUCUCUGUUGUGGGCCAGUAUGGCAGCCAGACUCUGCAUGUGGCACAACUUUAUCCCAGGUGCCGUGUAAUGAAUGAGAGUGAUGGGAUUGCAUGGAGGCUGUUUGCCCUGCAGGUUGGGGUCCUGUCCUGCUCUUGGUAGUGUUGAGAAACAAAGUGGGACAGCAUUUCCACAUUUCAGUGUGGCUGCAAUUGUGAUCUAAACCUCUCCUGUCAGUCUGUGGUGUGUUGGUGAAGCUGUCCCUUUGGCAGCUUGCUGGGAUCUAUGGCCUUUCUCCCACUCAUUGCUUUCCAUAUCUGGUCUCUGCAGAGGCACUGAGCUUUCUGCAAAGGGGAGGUGGCAGGAGCUUGGGUUUUGCAUCUGAAAAGUGCAGUGAGGUGGCAAGCACUCUGCACAGCCAGCUUCUUGAUGUCUGGAAGUAUGUUUUCUGUCUUUAAAACUUUGACAAUUCCUGUUAAAUUCACAGAGAUGCUCCAGUAAUUAAUACCCUCUGGUUUUGAAGCUUUUGAGAGCUGCAGCAAAAACCAUGGGAAAAAUGAUCUGAUCGGGCUCCCUGGGGAAAGAAGGGGAUGGAAUUGCUUGCUAACAAUAUGCUGGAAGCGAGGGCCAUGUUUACACGCAUGGAGGAAGGUGGGGAAGCCAGGCAGGAAGGCAAACUGUAAUGUGGCUGCAGGACAGAGCUGGGGCAGCUACCUCAUCUCAGGUGCUCCCCCAGUCUAUAACCAAGUUCUGAAGGUGCCUUGGCAUGCUGGACAUCCAAGCACUGAGGGAAUGAUUGGUGCACUGGGACUCCUGCUCUCAUUGGAGGCCUCCUCCCAUAGCUGGGCUUCCAGCAGGCACAGGCCAUGUGAUGGAGUGUACGCGGUGCAGGGUGACAGUGUCGUGCUGGAUUCUGUCAUCCUCAGGGCCUUGGUGCUGCAUAGGUACAUGAGGAGCCAGGCUAGGGCUCAUUCCUAGAGCUCAGCCAGCCCUGGGCAUCCCUCACCCUGCUGGUUCCUGGUGCUGUCCGUGUGGAUGUGGCACCAACUCCCCUGUGGGUCCUCUCUGCAUCCAUUGUGGCUGUGCUCAGUGAGGCAGUAACAGCAUGGUCACCCUGGCCUGUGCUGUCUGUGCCUGGGCCAGACACAUCUGCAGGGUUCAGCUGUGCCUCCAGGGCCUCCCCCAUAGCUCUUUCCUUCUCUUUCACUGGCAGCAGUUCCCACCCUGCGCAGGACAAGCACGGUGGAGGGGGUUCUGCAUGAAGCAGCCAUCAACCCUAGAGGCUGAGUAGCUUUGUGCUCCUGCCUUCCCUCAGGACGUGCCGCUUUUGCUGUGCCAUGACCCUGAGGCUUGGCAGCAGCCAUGGGGCUGUAUUCAUCUGGGCUGCUGAAAUGUGGCACUGCACAGGCUGGGGAGGUCUCACCUCAGGCACUCGUUGCUGCUGCAGCUGCCUGAGAAAAGCUUCGGAGAGCUUGUUAGUUAUGGACUGUGGCGCAGGCAUGCCUGCUGUGAUGCUCUUCCAAGUGACAGCUCUGUCCCAACCUCCCACAGCCAUAUACACUCCAGCAGCAUCAAGAUACAGCUGCUUCAAAGAGCCCACAGCUUCUGUGGGGUUUGCAGUUGGGCCCUGACCUUGGAAGCACUGAGGGGCUCUGCUGUCCCUCCUGAGUGCUCACAGUGCUGGAGUGGGAACGGACUCGGGAAUGGACCUAAUGGCCCUCCUGGAAUGGGCCCGGUUUGCUCUUCACACGCGGUGAGCCCUUGGUCCCUCCUGCAGCAGGGACUGCAGGUGCUGGUGGUCUGAUGAUGCCAAGGAGCUAGGUGACACCUGUGUCCAGCAGAGCUGGAGGGGAAUGCUUGGUGGGCAUGAGCCAUGAUGGGACCAGUGAAAGGGGCAGAGGGGAGUGGGCAGGAGCAGCUAGGCCAUGGUGGAAGGAGGAAGUGAUGGGUUUGGUGGCCAUGUCAGACACCUUCCUAGGGGUCUGCCCUUGCACUGCUGACUUUGCAUGUAGGCUCAGCCACCCUGGAACUCCUGCGUUGUGCUCUCAACAGCCUCAGCAGCUCCUCCUGCUUAGAGCCAAAAGCAUGGUUCCCAGAGCUGGUCCUCCAGGCAGAUGCCCCACGUGCUGACAGGGGCUAGUGCUGCUGACAGGCCCCAUGCCUAUUCCGGGGCUAAGUGUGGAUGGCAUGGGACGGCAGGUCCAGGCUGAGCCCCACGGGGCGGGCACCCACAAGCUGGCCUGGCUCAGCCUCCUCACCCCCCGUCAGAAGCUUUGAGCUGGAGAAUUGAGAGCAAUGCUAGCUGGAGAGCAGCAGUGCAGCCCCAACUGCCACCCCUGCACAAACUCCAUGUCAGAGCUGAGACAGUUCCUUGGGGCUCAACAUGUGGACAUGGGGGGAAGAAAGUUUAGAAACUUUAAGUGAAUAAUUCAGGGUGGUUUGGGGCCCAAGUGAUCGCUUUCAUGUAGAGAUCCCAUAUUAAUUAAAAUAAGUGUUUUGAAAUGAUUCAUACAGAGAGCAUGUAAAUUUUAAUCUGAAGUUGAAAGCAGCAGCCCUCUGUCCCAUUUCCUCCAUGGAAAAAAUAAACUGGCAGUGACCUUCAGAGCCUUCUCCUGCCUUCAGCCGAGCGCUCAGGGUUGGCAGGAGCAGAGCUGGGCUGUGUUUCCCUUGCCACAGGGCCAGCCCGUCUUGCCUGUCCCCUUCCCUGCCCCAGCUCCCAGCUGGGCCUGGCACAGAUGCAGCUGUCUGUUUCUGACUGUCCUGGGUUGUGGCUCUGACCUGGCUCUUGCUUUCUCAUACAUGGUGGCAUGUGACUGGAUGGGACUCACAGGUCUGUCAGUGGUGGGAUGCAGUGUCACCAAGCAACUUUGCCAUCCCCGGGGCAGCAAUGUCCAGGCAGUGCCAGGGCAGGGUGACCAGCAGCCAUGACGACAGAGACGGGCCCUGAUUCGGAAGUGAAGAACGUGCAGGAGGAGGCCCCGCAGCAGCAGCUGGAGGCAGCCACACACGGCCCCACUGCCACAGCUGCUGGCACUGCCAGCCGGGACGCUGAGGCCAACGAGAAGCCUGGAGCACAGCCUGACAGCCGGAAUACGGAGCCAGGUACAGACAUGGAGGAGAAGGACUACAGUGAGACAGAUGGGCUCUCUGACAAAACAACGCCUAGCAAGACCCAGAAAUCACCCCAGAAAAUCAACAAGAAAGUCAAAAGUGCUCUCUGCAGAGUGACCCUUCUCGAUGCCUCUGAGUAUGAGUGUGAAGUGGAGAAGCAUGCCCGAGGCCAGGUUCUCUUUGACAUGGUAUGUGAGCACCUCAACCUCCUGGAGAAGGACUAUUUUGGCCUCACCUUCUGCGAUUCCGACAGCCAGAAGAACUGGCUGGACCCCUCCAAAGAGAUCAAGAAGCAGAUCCGCAGUGGGCCCUGGAACUUCGCCUUCACUGUGAAGUUUUACCCUCCUGACCCUGCUCAGCUCACAGAGGACAUCACAAGAUACUACUUGUGCCUGCAGCUGCGUGCAGAUAUCAUCACGGGGCGACUGCCCUGCUCCUUCGUCACGCAUGCCCUGCUGGGCUCCUAUGCUGUGCAGGCCGAACUGGGUGACUACGAUGCUGAGGAGCAUGUAGGCAACUAUGUCAGUGAGCUCCGCUUUGCCCCCAACCAGACACGGGAGCUGGAGGAGCGCAUCAUGGAGCUGCACAAGACCUACCGGGGCAUGACCCCUGGGGAAGCAGAGAUCCACUUCCUGGAGAAUGCCAAGAAGCUCUCCAUGUAUGGGGUGGACCUGCACCAUGCCAAGGACUCAGAGGGUAUUGACAUCAUGCUAGGAGUCUGUGCCAAUGGCCUCCUCAUCUACAGGGACCGACUGAGGAUCAACCGUUUUGCCUGGCCCAAGAUCCUUAAAAUUUCCUACAAGAGGAGUAAUUUUUACAUCAAAAUCCGCCCUGGUGAGUAUGAGCAGUUUGAGAGCACCAUUGGCUUCAAGCUGCCCAACCACCGCUCCGCCAAGCGUCUCUGGAAGGUCUGCAUAGAGCAUCACACCUUCUUCAGGCUGGUAUCUCCAGAGCCACCCCCGAAGGGCUUCUUGGUGAUGGGCUCUAAGUUCCGCUACAGCGGGCGGACACAGGCACAGACCCGGCAGGCCAGCGCCCUCAUUGACCGCCCAGCCCCCUUCUUCGAGCGUUCCUCCAGCAAACGGUACACCAUGUCUCGCAGCCUUGAUGGAGAGUUCUCACGCCCAGCCUCCGUCAGUGAGAACCAUGAUGCCGGAGCAGAGGGUGAGAAACAGGAGGAGGAUGGUGAGUUUGGCAGUGGGAGACGAUCUGAGACAGAGGAUGAGGAGGUGACUACCCCGACGAAGAUCAAGGAGCUAAAGCCGGAGCACGAAACAACCCCCAGGCACAAGCAGGAGUUUUUAGACAAACCAGAAGAUGUUUUGCUAAAGCAUCAGGCCAGCAUCAAUGAGCUGAAACGGACCCUGAAGGAGCCCAACAGCAAGCUGGUUCACAGGGACCGAGACAGGAGGCUGCCUUCCUCACCAGCCUCUUCCUCACCCAAGCAUGAGGAGGAGACGCCGAAGGGAACCCCAGAAAAGGCCAGCGAGAGGAUGGAAGAGGACAUCCUAGACGAUUUUGCAUCUGAGCAUGGAGCUUCCCUAAGCAUGGAAUCUUUCACGCAGAAAAGCCUUGUCUCUUCUCCUGAGGGCUCGGAGCAUUGGGUAUUUAUAGAGAGAGAAACCACUAGGCUGGAAGAGGUAGCUCUAAAGAAAGCUCUGAGAGUCAAGAAAGAAGAAGGACGUGCGGGUACUUCAGAGGUGAAAAUGGGUGUGAGCAUGUCAAAAGUGGAGAUGGCAGUAGGGAAAGCCAAGGAAGUGGCAGGCCAGGAAGAACCAGCAGAUACACACCUGGAUACCUGGAAGAGAGCAAAAAUCAUUGCUAGUCCUGAAGAUUUUGAGUCUGUCUGGGAGGAUGAGAUCUAUGAGAAGGAAACUGGGGAGGAGCCCAGCACAGAGGCAAAGUGCUUGACACGUGAGAGAGCAGAGGAGGAGUCCAAAGAGAGGGUUGAGGGGGUAACCAGGAGUGAACUGGAUCUGUCCAGACCACAUCAGAAGCCUGAAGAGAGACAAAGGGCUGAGGCUUUGGGGUGCCCUCUCCAUGGAGAAAGCAAGAUGGUCUCUGAGGAGCAUGUUUCUGCAGCCUUUAGGAAGCAGGAUGCCAGAGCGCCAACUGCAAUUGCAGAGGUCAUUAGAAUUAAAGUGAAGUCUAGUGACGACAACACAGAGACUUCUGCUACACAGAGGAUCAUCUAUUUAGGAGAUCUGGAGGGAGAGGAGGACAAUAAAAUGCAUCUGCUUGCAGAGGCAGGAGGACAUCUUGGCUCAACAGUGGGGCAAGAAACCAUGGUGAAUAGGCCAGGGGAAGGACCAAGGCCCACGGCAUGUCUGGGAGAAAGGUCCCAGUGCAGUUCCUCAGUGUACGCACAACAGAAAGCAGUGUCAGAAAAAUCUUCUGCAGUGCCAGACCAGCCUGAGACAGGCUGUGAUGAGAUAAGCCCUGCAGGACAGCCUCCCUCAGAGCAGGAAGAAGGUUUUUCAGUGCAGCAAGACCAAGCAUCAGUGAGUCUGACUGGCUGCAAAACACUGGAGGGAGAUGAAGCCAUGUUGUGUUCCCAAGGGGUGGGGUCAGAUGAGAAGGAUCUGCAAAGGUCAGUAAGAGGAUUGAAGCCAUGUGCCCCCAAGAGGGCUGAGGACCCCAGACAGAGCCCAGAACAGAACCCAAAUGCAGGAGAGCAAUGGGGCUUGGAUGUCUCCACAGAAGAGUGGGGGCUCUCAGAAAGAAGCCUAUGUGGUGGGGAGGAGGAGAAAAGCUCCACAAUGGUUCUACAGAUGGAAGAGAUAGAGACAAAAUUACCCCCACCACCUGUGCCUCAGCACAGCUGCCCUCGUGCCACUGUGGGGCUGGAGGAGGAUGAACCCAGCACUCCCACCCCUGGCACUCUUCCUCAGCAAUUGAGCCCUGCAGAGCCAGCCCAGGAAAGGGAACCCAAGGGCAAAGACGUGUCCCAGAAUACCAGCCUUAUAAGAGAUAUGGGCACACCUGAGGAUAUGAACCCCUCAGCAGAGGUGGUAUGCAAGGAGGCAAGCCCUGCAGUAGAUAAAGAAGCACUCAAGGACAUGAGCCCUGUAACAGAGGUGGGAAUACCCAGGGAUGUGAGUCCUGAAUCUGCAGAAAAAAAACAAGACAUGCACUUUGUUACAAGGAAAAUAUACCAAGAUGCAAAUCCUAUUGCAAGAGGACCACACCAAAGCAAAGGCAAUGCAGUGGAGACAAUCCUGCUCAGAGAUCCCGCCACAGGGGAAGUGGUCCAGAACUCAGAUCCUACUGCAGCAAAGGGAACCCUGAGAGCUACAGAAGAGGCACUCCAGGAGGAACAGCUUGUGAUAAAAGGGCUCUCCCAGAACAUAGGGCCCACAUCAGGAAAGACGAUGGGAAGUGAAGGCAUGGAACAGCUGCCUCCCAAGGCAGAAGAACCAGAACAAGAGGCUGAGACCAUAAUAGAACACCUGCCCCAAAAGGGUCCUAAGUCUGGAGGGCUACUCCACACCGCAGAUACCAAAGCACAAGAGCCAGCCUGUGACUUGGAGUUCAGUGCAGGACAAGCUCUGCAAGACAGGAGCUCUGUGGCAGGAGAAACUGCUAGAGACAGUGACCUUACUCUGGAGCAGUCACUGCAGUCUCCAAGAGAUGCUGAUGUCUUGCAUUCCCACUCCCCUAUAACAGGUUUAUGUCAAGGCAGCAAGUUGUAUCAGCUCUCAACCUUUGUAUAUGAAGGUGGGGAAGAGGUGCAGGUGAGCAGUGGAAUACAGAAGAGAGAAUCUGGGCCAUUGAUGUGUAUUGCUGCAACCGAAGCUGUGUGCCAGGAGCACAGAGGUGUCACUGAAGCCCCACUCCUGGGUAGCUGGCAGGACAGUGAGAGCUACAAGAAAACCUCAGCGGCAUCUAAGAUUAAGAUGUUUGAGCAAAGUGAAGCUGAACAGAGGACAGCUCAGGAAGGACAAGAGCAUGCACCUGAAACUGAGACACCAGCAAAAGCAAAGGGAAAGACAAAUCUGUCACAGGACACAAUUUUGAACACAGUCCCCAUCUCACCUCCAGCAAUGGCAGGUGCUCCAGUGGGAUGCAUGACCAGUGUGGACUCAUUUGCCUUCAGGCAAGGAGCUGGUCCAGGAGUCUCCUCCCAGCUCCUGUCUCUGAAGGAAGAUGUUUCUGUUGAUCUGGAGCAUGAAGGAGAAGACAGUGCUGACCUGGCUUCCUCUGACUCUGGCUGUGAACUCACGCUGGCAGAAGCCGUGAGCAAAUCUCAGGAACCAAGUGGGGAAGAAAAGGAUUUAUCUGACCCGUCAUUAAAAUCCACCCUGAAAGAAGAGAAUUUAAAGGCUGCUGUUCCAGUGGUCUUAAAGAGAGCAGGCUUGAGGGAGGGCACUGAGGAGAAAGCUAAGCCGCCUCGGCACAGGGCUCCCGAGAGUGACACUGGAGAUGAGGAGCAGGACCAAGAGAAGGACUCGGUGUUUCUGAAGGACAACCACCUGGCCAUCGAGCGCAAGUGCUCCAGCAUUACAGUCAGUUCGACCUCCAGCUUGGAAGCAGAGGUGGACUUCACAGUGAUCGGUGACUUCCAUGGGACAGCCUUUGAGGACAUCUCCCGGAGCCUGCCCGAGCUGGACAAGGACAAGAGAGAGAUGGAAGAUGAAGGCCUGGUUUCCUUCCAGCAUACUGACAAAGUAGUUCCUGGAUUGGAAGAGGACGCCAAAGCCAGGGAGAAGGUCGCCCAGCCCAGCCCAGACAUCUCCCAGCUAGAGUCACCAGCCCCAAAAACAGAUGCUGUAACAGUCAGCCUGGGACAAGGCACAAGGAAGCCCGAAGAUGCCUCCGCCGCCCACCAGAUCAGCACCCCAGAAGCAGCUCAGGUGGAAGGAGGCCUGCCUGGCAGCAAAGAUGCAUCAGCCUCUGUUCGUGCUGUCACCACAGAGACCACACCAACAACCUCAGAUAACACCACCAAGCCUGGGAAAGGGACUGGCCCUACGACAGAGCUUCGCUCCGUGUCACCGAUCAGCAGCAGCUCUGCUGGGAAGGAAGUGCUCACCAGCAUAUUCAGUGCCACUGCAGAAACCCUCUCCACUUCUACCACUACCCAUGUUACCAAGACUGUGAAAGGAGGAUUUUCAGAGACCAGGAUAGAGAAGCGCAUAAUUAUCACAGGAGAUGAAGACGUGGACCAGGACCAGGCACUGGCUUUAGCAAUCAAAGAGGCAAAACUACAGCAUCCUGACAUGCUGGUAACCAAAGCUGUGGUAUAUAGAGAAACAGAACCUUCUCCAGAGGAAAGGGACAAGAAACCUCAGGAAUCUUGACCAACUUGUUCAUGAAGUCAGCAUCUGUAUUCAGACCUGGAGGACAGUGAAGAAGGAGCCUUCGUGCUGGAUUUGUCAGCAAAACAUAGACAUCCUGGCUGCAAUGUUCAUGGCUAGAGACAAAAAGUUUUUAAAAAAGGAAUAGCAAAUAUAUUAUAUAUAUAUAUACAUACAUACAUAUAUAUAUAUAUAUAACAGGAAACAAAAUGCAUCCUUGCACUGCUGCUAUAUGCUGGAAAUGAAUAGCAAGCAACACCACCAACAAAAAACAACAACCCUCUUUGCAGAAAAAUUGAAGAAUUUACUGGAUUGGUGAUAAAAUAAGAUUUAAAAAUCAUAAUAAUAACAAUAAUACAAUAAGCCACCAUCUUGCAUGUUACAUUAAAGGAUACACAAUCAUGAGUUCAUUUGUUGCACACUGAAUGGAAACAAAAACUGCUUUGCAACAAAGCAAGAGAUAAGCAAACUGAAAUAAAACACAAACAGAAGCAAAACCAUUCCCCACCUCUGGAAAGAAGAGAGAAAAAUAUUGAGUUUAUUACUUUAGAGUUAUUUUCCAAUUUGGAAGUGUGGUUUCACCCUUUUCCUCAUUUCAUGCUGAUUCUUUUGCAUCUUUUGUGGUUCUGUUAACUCUUCCCCUUCUGUUCCAUAUCUUCUUCUCUGUGCACUUGUCUAACCUCUUGUUCUCUGAAGGUAUUUAAGGAUGGAGUUCAUUUCAAACAGAACAAAUGAUGUGUAUAUGGUUUUUCAUUGAUAAAAACGCAGCCUGUAGGGGUUUCAUAUGGAUGUGCAUUUAAGUUAUGUAUAUUAUUAUAUAUAACGGGGGGGGAGGGGGGUGAAGAAUACUGAAAUAAUUCAACAGUGCUGGUAAAUAUGAUGACAUUUUUAAAUUAUUAACUAGUUGAUUGACUGUGGUUGGUGUACUUUGAGACUCUUAGAUCACAGUGGGACUCCUCGUCCUGCAAGAAGAGAAUGGGGAAGGUAUCAGCCACUGCUGUUUGGAGGAAGAAGGGGAGGGGGAGAGGUGGGAGCCGUCCUGUUGGCUGAUCCGUGUGGCAGCAAGAGGUCUGGGUUUGCUGUUUGGUAUGGGUGUGGAAGUGGUCUGUCAGUGGUGAGUUGGAAGGGCACAGGAAGAGGGUCCUGCAGCCCUAGGUAGGCUCCUCUCCCUGGCUACCGACCAAAAGCAUCAGAAUCGGCUGGAAACAAGGUGACAGCUGCAGGAUUCAUUGCUCCUUUCCAGUUCACUGAGCUGUGAUGAUAGUUGGGUUGUUUUGGAUUGUUUCUGGAUCCCAGUAAUAAGUUACUUGAGUUUUGUAGUAGGAAGGGUUGGAGGCAGAGCAGUUGUUUCUGCCCCCAUUCCUGCUGCCCGGGGUGUGAUGGAAAGGCUGCCUGAGGCACAGUGGGUUGGUGGUGGUGCUGGAGGGUGAUGGCAGUCCUUCCCCAGCCUUGCCACCGGGUGCUGCCCAAAGGCAUGGAGUGGAGAGGUCGCAUUGUCUCCAUCAGUGAAGAGCAUCCCAAGUGAACAAGGCUGGGCAGCAGAGCCCAGGCCCUCUACAUAGGGAGGCACUUGUCAAGGUGGUGUCAGUGAUGCUACCUGCCCCACAGCCUGACAGCUUGGCCUUUAAAGACAGGCCUCCUCUGUGGCUGCCUUUGGAAGGGGAUAACAGGCUGAGCCCAGGGCCUCACACACUGUGAACCAGGUGGUUAGGGUAGACUUGGAACCAAAACCAGAAAGGAAAGGAAAUAAACCGGUUUCCUUUUUUUUUUUUUUCUUUUGAAUUCUAUCUCCUGCAGAAACAAAAGGGGCCGCAGUUCUGCACCAUUUUGCCUUUAGUCCCCCACCCUUCACACAGACUGUGCCCAGAGACAGGUAUAUUUAGCUGUCCUGCAAUGGAUUUGAGGGUGACAGUGAGAAGGAACAGCCUGAGUCAUUAGGGUGCUGUGAGCAGACCACACUCCGGUCUUCUGUCCUGGUCUCUGGCAGCCUUGGUUUACCAGCUGCUUGCUAUGAUGUCCCCCUGAGGUCUGCUCUCCUUCAGGUUUAUUGGUUUCCCCUGCAAGCAUGGAAGCCCUGAGCACAAGCUGCCUGGGCAGGGAACAGCUGCUGGCUGUUGCCAGUACUGUCACAUUCCUGAAGAGGUCGGUGGUGGUGGCUCUCCCUCAGCUUCUGUCCAAGUACAGUCAUCUGCAUGUGACCUGCUGUUUUUAGAGAUGAGACCCCAAACCAGAAAGAGUGAAGGGAGUUGUAAAGAGGCUACUUUUCUCUAUGCUUUUUAAAUGCACCCAAGCCAGCUGUCAGUAGCAGUCGCACUGGCAGAGACACUGGGUGACAGAGGACCUGCUCUCAGUGCCUGCGCUGGGCAUCCAGCCCUUCUCGCCUAUUAGCAAUGGCCUGCACACGGCUCUCAUUGUUCUUUGGCACACCGUGGUUCAUGCUCAGAGGAGCUCACAUGGCCUUCAUACCAUUACAGCCACCCACUGCUACUCUGAAGCUAAGAUACCUGCUUUUGGCAUCACCUGCACAGUUAUCAAAAUAAAGGUUACUGCUCAAACUAGUGGCCUUAUACAGUUAGAGUUGACUUGAGAGUGGACUCAGACGAGUUAUGCUUGGAGUGAGUGGACCCCAUUCUGUGGUUUCUGCAGCAGUGUUUAAAAACUAAAUUAGAAAACGACAACAAUAAAGAAAGCCAAAUGAAACCAAACUGCUGGGCUGGGGCAGCUCAGCACCAUCUGUUUUCUUCCAGGGGCCUUUCUGCUGAAAGGGGCGGGAGACAUGAGUGCCUGUUUUUACCCAAUCCCACAGAUUUAUUCCAAACCUGGCCUGCAAUUGCAUGAGUAAUAACAACAGUGACAAUAGCGUUUAUAUUUGAAAAGCACCUUACCAACCAACUGCAGUGCUCUGUUGUUCCUUCACUAACUCCCCUUUUCCCUUCUUCUUCUUCUCCCCCCUCCAGUCAUGCUCCUUUUCAGUGCUCGGUGGUGUACGCGUGUGUGCUCACUGUUCUUGUAUUCAAUAAAAGUGAAAUAAACGUGUUUGAGGCUAAACCA